CUGCUGGACACAGGUAGGUGGCACUUCUGGGCACAGGUAGGUGGCACUGCUGGGUGGCACUGCUGGGCACAGGUGGGUGCACUGCUUUGCACAGGUGGGUGGCACUGCUGGGUACCGAUCAUCAGGGCACUGAUCAUCAGUGCCCUGAUGAUCGGUGCCGAUCCCUGCUCUGACAACUGCCGGUUCUCGGGCAGCCGCUGUGAUUGGCCUUUUACCACAUCAUGUGAUCAG